AUGAAGCAAGUCGACCGUCCUCCAAAUAACCCCAAGCGUAUAACAAUCCAGUCAAGCCAGGAGUGCUUCAGUGUAGACAUUCCCUCUGCAGAACAUCCUAACCCAUGUCCAGAAGUUGAAAAUCCUUCAAUUGCUGACAGUCAAAAUGUGACCAAUGAAACAGUUCAGAUUGAUUCUGAUGAAGAUGACUUCAUGCCAGCUAUGAAGAAGCGCAAUGUUUCUGAAAGCCACACAAGAGUGUUAAGAAAAGUCGUGACAAAGAGGGUUAAACAUGAGGAGCUACCCCGACAGAGGCUUAAUGUGAGGUGCAACCCUCAAGAUGUCAUUGCAAGCAUUAACAUUUUGAAUGAAAGACAACGUGAGGCUAUAAGACGCAAAGGCUUCUCUUCCAUUCUUGAUAUGACAGUAGAUGCGCUGUGCAGUAGAUCACACCUCCAAUGGUUGAUGGACAAGCUAGACCCCAAGGAUAUGACAAUACGUCCUGGUCCAGGAAAGGAACUCAAGAUCACAAAGGAUAUUGUUCAUCUUAUUCUUGGCGUGCCAAAUCAUGGAGGUGGUAAACCUUUGGGUAUUGAUGAAGCAGUUGCAGCAAGCAACUUGAGGGCAGAGCUUGGUGUGGCCAAAGAUGAGUUCAAUGUGGCAUUUCUACAGGAUCGAUUAAGGAAAGGCGAGGAUGAUGACCUUUCAAUCAGAUGUUUCUUCCUCAUUCUAUUCAACAGAUUGCUGUUUCCAACUGCUAGCUGGGGCAUCACAUAUCAUGAGGUGCUUCUCACAGAAGAAAUGCACCGUUUCCAUGAGAUCGACUGGUGCCAGUUGAUUUUUAAUGAUCUAUGUGAAGCUGCCAAGAAGUGGCACAACCGGAUCACCACAAAUGUCUCCACGACUAUCUAUGGAUGCUCCAUUGUUGUCCUUAGAGGUGCAAUGGCAACAGAGGAGAUGGAACAAAAUGACAGUGGGCCAGUUUUUGACCAGACCCCAACUCCUCAUGUUGAUACACUCAAAGGUACUACAAUCUCUGGAUCUGAUCCACCACUUACAGAGCAAGAGUGUAUCCGUUCUCUGUGGGAUUUAAUUUGUUCCAAGGACAUUGACCAAAGCAGGGUAGUUAUUGAUUACGGUGAUUACAGUGCAAACUGUAUGGAUAUUUAUGAUUCUUUCGCGGAGGGUAAAUGUCUUGAGGAUGUCUUCAUGCAGUGUUUCAUAGAGUGUGUUCGUGAUGAUUCUAAAAAUCAUCGUCGAACUCUGACAUCUAACAGAUUAAUACUUGAUGUCAACGUUGGGGCUCUGUUAAAUUUUGAAGAACAGGAACGUCACAGCAAGAAUCCUCAGCCGUUUGAUCAAAAUGUCCUACAGAAUUGCUUGCACAACACAUUGCCUGCUUUGGUGAAUCUGGAUAAAUGCAAGUCGAUAAUGGUACCUAUGCUUAGCAGGGGUCAUUGGACACUCUAUGUGAUCAAUCUACACCACCGGGUUAUCCACAUUUUAGAUUCGAAUCCCUAUGGUAUACAACUUGGUGGCACCGAAUGGAAGGACUAUCAUUAUGAUCCAAUUUAUUUAGGUGGCAGGAAAUUCCCAUGGGCUAGGGUGGUAAUGAGUAGGCUGAGCAAAGCGUUACAACACGUUUGCCCCAACGCAGAAUUUCCUAAGUUUGGUAAUUUUCCAUUGGAUAUGCCAUCUAACUGCCCAACAAUGAGGACAAGGUCAAAUGACUGUGGAUUUUUUGUGAUGAGUUACAUGAAAUCUUAUGAUCACAAUGCAGGUGUCAUAUCUUCUUUCAAUCAACCAGACAAUUCCCGAGAUCUACGUGCUCAUGCCCUUCAUCAACUCACAUUCCAUCGCAUCAACAAGGCGUUGCCACUUCCAUUAGAUAUCCAGAGAUUUAUGUUUGCGCGCAAUUAG